AUGUGUUUUGCCACUGUCGGAUGGGCGUCUCAAGAACUGCGUCAACCGGAAUAUCCCGCUACAACUAAGCGACAGCCGAUCAGUCGUGUUCUCACGAGAUCUACCCACAUGAUCGCACUUUCACUUGCCGCCAAAGUCAGGUCAACCGUGACACACCAACUGACUUGUCCUACUUCAAUCAACUCCUCCUCACCAUUUACGACCUGGCCCGACUACAACUCUCACGCGAGAUCUACUGACAAUAUCGACGACCACUUUUUCGGCACAGAGCACAGGCCCACUUUGGGGUCCCGAUCGUGCUGGUGGUGCGCUAGACCUGGACACAGCAGUUCAGGACUUUUGAUGCGAAUAUGA